GCAGCCCGCAGCCCGCAGCCCGAUCGAGAUGAUGAUGCUCCGCCGCUCUUCCGCGCUGGCCCGCGCCGCCACGCCCGCCUCGCGCGCCUUCAACGCCGCCGCCAACGCCUCUGGCGAGGUCAAGUUCGAGUUCGCCUCGCCCUUCGAGCUGCACCGUCUCGAGGAGGGCCCGGCCGAGUUCGCCGUGACCAACCGCGAGGAGAUGCUGAGCUACUACGAGCUCAUGUACACGAUGCGCCGCAUGGAGAUCACCAACGACAACGAGUACAAGGCCCGCAACAUCCGCGGUUUCUGCCACCUGUACGACGGCCAGGAGGCCGUGGCCACGGGCGUGGAGGCCGCUCUGGACCGCACCGACUCGUGGAUCACCUCGUACCGUAACCACUGCAUCAUGCUGGCCCGUGGCGCCUCGGUCAAGGACGUCCUGGCCGAGCUGUUCGGCAUGUCGGCCGGCGCCACCGGCGGCAAGGGUGGCUCCAUGCACUUCUACAACAAGAAGGCCAACUUCUACGGCGGCCAGGGUAUCGUCGGUGCCCAGGUGCCCGUGGGCGCCGGUCUGGCCUUCGCCAGCAAGUACAACCACAAGGGCGACGGCCUCAUGCCCUGCGCCAUCACCAUGUUCGGUGACGGUGCCUCCAACCAGGGCCAGGUGUACGAGGCCGCCAACAUGGCCGCCCUGUGGAAGCUGCCCGCCAUCUUCUGCAUUGAGAACAACCACUACGGCAUGGGCACGUCCACCGCGCGCUCGUCGUUCAACACCGACUACUACACCAUGGGCAACAAGAUCCCCGGUAUCAAGUGCGACGGCAACGACGUGCUCGCCGUGCGCGAGUGCACCAAGUUCCUGAAGAAGUGGUGCGGUGAGGACAACGGCCCCAUCUUCGUGGAGAUGAACACGUACCGUUACCACGGCCACUCCAUGUCGGACCCUGGUGUGACGUACCGUAACCGUGACGAGAUCUCGCAGAUGCGUGCCUCGCGCGACCCCAUUGAGCUGGUGAAGAAGCGCAUGAUCGAGGCCGAGCUCGCUACGGCUGACGAGAUCAAGGAGCUGGAGAAGAAGGUGCGCGCCCAGGUCGUCAAGGCCACCAAGGAGGCCAAGGCCUCGGGCAAGCCCGAGGAGGCUUCGGCUUUCGUGGACGUGUACGCCGACGACAAGGGCAAGAACGAGUACCCGCCGUUCAUCCGUUUCCCCGACUACGCCAAGAGCCUGUACAACGGCAAGCGCCAGUAAGCACUUUGUAGUGCAUCUGGAGGACGGGCACGAAGCGGCGAGAGGAUUAUCACCCCUCUUCAGGACAAAAGCGCCUCGACAAGCGGUAGAAGCUGCGCUGCGUCGCCUUGUGAUUGCCCUCCCUAUUUCGGCUCGCUGCGAGUAUGGUGUUGAGUGCGCUGCGCAGUGCAUUAGAACCCGGCUGGCAUCGCAGCUUAGCUCUAGGACAGUCUCGUAUGCUUAGCGACCCCAUUUACCGGCAGAAUAUGUAAACGCGACCGUAUUUGCCAUAACAU